CCGGGAUCCGUGGUUUGACCUCCGCGACUGAUCACCGCGAGAAGGAACUAGGACGUCAGCCAGUGUGGGUGCCGGAGAGAUUGGUGAGAACCGUGCAGCCGCCUGAGAAUACCAAAGAACUGCAGCCGGAUAAGUCGUCGAACCCCCAACGUGACCUGUUGGAUCCAGCCCUCGACUCGCGUAAUGAGCGGUCAGAUGAUGUCGGUGGCGCCAACCACUCCCCAACAGCCCGGGAAGAGGGCCUGGGAUAUUGAACCUUUUUCCCUCCUGGUUUGUCCCUCUCUACCGGGGAACUCGCCUUAACCAUGGAAAGUGUUAACGAACUUGCCAACGCCACUCGAAAGGCUAUACAGGCCCACGGCAAAAUGUUGCAACUGAAUUCACAGGCCAUUCAAAGCCUGCAGCUUGAGAUACAGGAACUCGGCCAAGAGAUAGACGUGCUCUGGGAAGUGAUUGGGCAAGCAUGUGAUGCCCGAUGGCUCUGGUCAAAAAUCUGUGUCACUCCUACCAGAGCCAACACAACUGUUAAUAUUCAAAAGAUCUCUGAUUGGCUGAAGAAUACUUAUCUCCCUGAAUUUCAGAAUCUUACCCUGCAGGUGGAGUCCAGUCUAGAUAGAAUCGGGGGCAUUAAGUUACAGCCCGUGACAUUCGAUCUGUCUACUUUAAAGGAAAAACUGGGGGAGUUGUGGAGCACAGUCACAUCCUGGCUCUCCUGGCCUAAUCUGACGAACUGGGUUCUCCUUGCUGUGGGGUUGUUAGUAGGUUUGAUCAUUGUUAAGAGCUUGCUGGAGCGUCUGUUUCAAAAACAGCAGCAAUUGCGCGUUACCGCCAUGAUGGCCAUGUCCUCUGCCUGUAACCCUCCUGAUGACUAUAGCCCCUCUGCCCAGCACCCAUCCCAACCACUCGAAGCGGGGCAUUCGAGGGUAAGGUUUGCAGCUAUGCAUAUGGAAAAAUCCCGUUUAUAAACAUUCGGUACCAGUGGCCCUAAUUUUUGUCUCAGGUUGACCUCGUAC